UGUAAUCUGAUUACAUAAUCAACAGUUGCCACCUAGGAACAAGCAGGUACUUCAGAGAGAUGAAAUGUGCACCACCACCACUCUCUCCCUCCCUCCUUCUUAUUCCUCCUCCUCCUUCUCCUCCAUCCUCAGUGUAGUGACAGGAUUUGUAACGUCAGUCUCGUGCAUGCCUCUUGUGUUUGUGUGUUUUCGGAUGUGUGUGUGUGGUUGGCUGGAGGAGUUACCACCGAAGCUCCUGCAGACAGACAUUUUCUCAUCCCCCGGUCUUUCCAUAAUCUGUCAGAUUAAACCAGCGCUGGAUGAGACGGACCCCCUUUGCGCUCCUGCGUCUCCAUCAUCCUCCUGUGAGCCGAAACACCACCCCAUUUUCUUCUUCUUCUUCUCUGUUAUUUAUAUAAAUCCAACAAACCGAUGUCUUCUUCCUCGCUGAAAAUGACAGCCGAUCUGCCUGAGCGCUGUCCGCGGUGCUGAAACUCCCGCGACCUUCCACCUGCCGCGAAGAAAAGGCGGGUUUGAUGCGUCUCCGGCUGACAUUUGACGCAAAACCAAGCCCGCUAGAUACAUGCAGAACCGACGACAAGUGGCGGAAAGGGUCGAACUACCUGUUAGCUUCACCGGGCUCGGGGAUUAUGGUGCCUCUGCUGCGCGACGGGACUGAGAAGUGUCGUUUCAUAUUCAUUCCGCAUCUUUGAAAUCGCAGCUGCAUACCUACUGACCUACUUUGUGCAAGUUGGGGGAAUCAAACCGGCGCAGGGGAGGAAGAAGAAGCAGUGCGGACUGUUGUUGUAAGAGAUGAAGGUGAUGUGGGAACAGUGGUGACCCCGUUGGGAAACUUCUAGUGAAACGCAGGAGAGUUAAAAAGAAGGGAGAGAGGAAGAGGAGAAGGCGUGCAGAAGAGCCAGAGGUGCGUGCGCGGAGACAGAGAAGGUUAUGACCGCGUCUCUCCACCUGGACCUCGGGCUGCUGCUGCUGCUGCUGCUGCUGGCCUGCUGGCGAACACCGGGGAUGGUCGGAGCAACUGUGCCAGCAGCUCCAGUGAAUGUCUCAGUGACCCAGCUGAGGGCGCACUCGGCCAUGGUGACCUGGAACGUCCCUCAGGGAGACACCGUCAUUGGAUACUCCAUCUCACAGCAGAGGCAGGAUGGCCUGAUGCAGCGCUCCAUCCGCGAGGUGAACACGUCCAGCCGCUGGUGCGUGCUGUGGGACCUGGACGAGGACACACACUACAGCGUCCAGGUGCAGUCUGUUGGGCCACAUGGUGACAGCCAGCCCAGCCGUGCCAUCCACUUCAGGACUUUGGAGAGGAGUGACCAUUAUCCAGCUGGAGUCCUGGAUCACCACGAACCGGCAAUGGAAGGUCUUGGCAUGACUCCUCACUUACAGACAGGAGAGCUGCUCAUUAUCACCACUGUGCUGCUGCUGUGGGCAGCUGUCAUCGCCCUCUUUUGCCGACAGUAUGACAUCAUCAAAGACAAUGACUCCAACGGCAGUAAAGAGAAAGCCAAGAGGCCGCUGGUCCGCGCCACUUCCUCCUACUACAACGCUUCAGCCGGCAGCUCGCCCAUUUACCAUAACGGAGCCGUGCGCAGCAGCAGGCUCCACAGAGCCUCCUCCUCCAUCAGCAUCAUUAGAGUCUGAGUUUUGGUUCUGACACUUACUGUACAGCGCAGGACGGGUGGACUCAGUCAUGUGCAACAUUUGCCUGAGGAACUUCAGUGGGAUUAUCAUGAUAAAUGGAGAAUUUACGGACCUGACUAGAGUCUAAUGUGUUGAAAAAUAUGGGGAAAGUCAGAAACACUUUGUGGAAAUCAAACUGGGGAGGAAAUGGAGGAAUACUGCCCUCUAGUGGCAGAAGACUGCAGCAUUACUGGGAUGCACACUGCAGCUUUUUUAGGAGCUUUUCCAGGUGAACUUCAGGCAAGAGGACAAAUUCUGACCUGCAGCCAAACUCAUUUCCUGUUGUACAAAAAAAAGUUUUAUUUCUGUUACGUCUUCUCUCUGAUUUCAAAAACUAACUGUGAAUAUUUGCCAGCAUGUCGGCUUCAGAUUAAUUCAACAGCUCUGUGUGUCAAGUUUGAGUGUUUUGGUUUAACAUAAGAGUGAAAGAGAGUGUGUGUACAUUUGUUUCCCACUAUUUUCUGUUAUUUCUACAUUUAACUUUACCUCUCCUGUAUUUUUCAUCUCCUAAUCAGUAAUUAGUUGUACAGUACUAACAUCAGAAACUAUGUAUUAUAUGUAAUUAGAAUAUGUACAUAGGUCACAUUGAAAGUGUAAUUUACAACCUGUUCUCAUUCCCAGGUCAUGAAAUACCAACGCUUUGUCACGCCCCUCAGCAUGGCCACCAUCGAUACCACCAUUUAGCAUCCCUUAUAGCCCCAUUUCACCAAACACCUGCGUUAUGAUACCUUUGGA